AUGGUCUUCGCAGUUUCUUCUCAGUUUCAGGGGGCGCAGAUGGAGUGCGAGGGCCUGGCCAAGAUGCGGCUCUGUGCUCCGGGGGAGCUGUGUCCACCGGCUGAGCACUACCAGCUCCGCUACAUGCAGCCCGGGCUCUACGCCCACCCUUGUGGCGAGGUCCUCCGCUUAGCCCGGGAAGCGAGCACGGCGCUCUUCAAGCGAAGAGCAGCUGGCGCAGCUCGAAGAGCAAGGCUUCCCACUUUGAUUCAUGUGGGCUGCAAGGACCUCUCGAACGACCGCACCAAGCCCUUCUACGCGGCCCUGUUUGGGAAUCGUAGCGAUCUUAGCGAUCCUUGCCUGGAGGCCGUGAUGGUGGAAGCCAAUCCAGACGUGGCCGCACUGCUAGAAGAACGCCUCAGGGAGUACUUCUCAGAUUUCUCGUGUCGGAGACGGGUGCUCUCAGCAGCUGUCUGUGCGGCAGAUGCUGAAGCCUCCUUCUUCUCACUUUCAGAGCAAGUGCACACAAAAUACUCCGUGCAGGAGCUGGGCGGCGUCAAACGCUGGGACAGCUGGGGCACCCUGAAUCUCAACUUCCUGCUGCAGAACCUGGCCGACAUUCUGGCCCGCCGGAUCAGUGACGGGAGUGACGGGCGCAGGAUCCAGGUCGAGGACCUCAUGCCCUUCAUCCAGGAAAGAACUGUCACCUGCAUUUCUCCCGGCAGCUUGUUGCAGAAGGAGGGCCUGGAGCCCUCCUUUGUGGACAUGCUCUUCCUGGACACCCAGGACGCCCUGCGGAUGCUCUCCGCGUUCCUGGCGCUGGGACUGCGCCCGGCCAUCCUGCGAUUCCACUGGGCCUGGGACCAGCGGCAGAUUGCGGACCAGGGCUACGCCACCGAAGUCUCCGAGGCCGUGGCCUUCCUGGCGUCCGAAAGCUACCACCUCUACCAAUUCGGGGAGUUCUUCGUGGCGUUGCGCGCUUCGGAAACCUAG